CUGAAUGUAUAUUGAAUUUUGUACAUUAACUAUGUCCUUGGCGACAUUUGCAUAGUAUAAACAAUUACAAUAUCAACGAAAUAAACAAAUGUUGAUAUAACUUAGGAUGCAUAACCGACGUGUUCAAAGACAGCAAUGAUAUGUCAUUUUCAAAGAUAGGAUUUGGUGAUUUCGAUGGUUGCAUACAUACCUACAGUGUAUACAGAAAUGUGUACGUAAAAUCGACUUGUGAAAGUCGUAAACAUCACUCAGGAAAUGGGAUUAUCAUAUUUCAUAAGUAGAAAAAAAGAACAACUUCUCAAUCCUAUAUCAAACUGUGCAUUUAAACAUAAAUGUUCAGUGAAGACAAUAUUUAGUCAUAGAAAACAGUUUUUUUAAGUUUUCUGUGGAUAAUACAAAAUAAAGAGGAAAUGUAAAUUUAAUGGAUUGUACAGCAGGUUACCAUGAAUAACAGCACGAUGUUUAUGUCUUAUCAUCUUGACCAGAUAAACGAUGAGAUGGCUAUGAAUGUUCUUCCGGUCAUUUUAUUAAUUUGCAUUUAUAUGUUCGUUGGACUAUUUGGAAAUCUUCUUGUAGCGUACUAUUAUGGAUGCUUCGUUAAUCCUUCACCGUCAUAUUAUUUUAUUGUUGCCAUGGCGAUUUAUGAUAUUAUUUUAUGCUGUGUAUCAAUGCCGUUAGAAAUUGUGGAUCUAAGAUUUAGUUAUAACUUUCCAAGUGUAAUAGCAUGCAAAAUUCUCCGGUUUGUGAACUACUUUUCUAGUACUGCGUCUGGAAUAGUCUUAAUUGCAGUAGCGGUCGACAGAUAUCGGAAAGUAUGUCAGCCAUUUAAAACUCAAAUUACCAUGACAACGGCGAAGAUUAUCAUUGGAGUUUUAUGUUUUGCUUCUUUAUGUAUUGCAUGGCCAGCACUCGUUAUUUACGACAUCAAUGUCGUAAAUAUAUCGUCUGCACCAGGUUUGAAUGGAUACGAUUGCACGACAAUUCGAAAUAAAGAAUACAAAGUCUAUAUAUCUAUAUAUAACGGUGUUUGUUUCCUUAUUUUCAUUGGUUGUAUAACAACUUUAAUCGUUUUGUAUAUUCUUAUUGGAAAGAAAUUAUUUCAUCUCAAAAAGUUCCGAUUUUCGGCAACUGCUCGAAAAUCGGCUAACGCCAACUACACACCGCCUACAAGUGAAAGUGAAAUUGAUGCAAACUUCAGAAGGUUUAAGCCAGUAGUUUAUGCAAAACAACCAACGAGUACAUUCAUACCCCUUUUGCAAAUUAAAGAAACAAAUAGUUUCAGCGAUUUCACUGCACAGCAAUCAAACAAGAAAAUAAAUGCUAUAAAUUCUACAAAUAUUAAAAGCAAAGUCCAUGAAAUAUCACUAAGCAAGGAAAUUGUUAAUUCUUUGUAUUAUAAAAACGAAAUGUCAUCACAAGCUAAUCAAGAACCAAAAGGUUUAUAUACAUCUGAUUUAUCAGAUUCCGACUCUGACACGAGAGGUACGAAAUUGAAGAAGAAAAGAAGCAUAUUGCAUCGACGGAAGAAGAUUCGUGAACAGUACAUACAUUUGAGGAAAUACACGUUGUUAAUUUGUCAGUUAGUAUGGCAUUCAUACUGAGUUUCCUCCCCUAUCUUGGAUUAAUGACAUGGCGGACAUUGGCGCUAAAAUAUGAAAGGGAAAUCCUAUCGAAAGUAGAACUAAUUCUUUUCAAUAUAUUCCUCCGCUCAUGGAUGUUGAGUAGCGUGGUGAAUCCGCUCAUUUAUGGUUUCUUCAAUGCUGACUUCAGUUCAUUUGUUUGUGUUCGACUGAAAAGAACACUUUGUUCGGCAUGUGUAAAAGAACAGACAGAUUUCGAAAAUGAAACAAGAAUAGAAUCGUCGCAUACACAAGAAAUAUGAGUUAGUAAAGAUAAUAUUUAUAUAAAACUUUCGUCAGAUAUUUAUAGACUAGAACAGCAGUUAUAUUUGAUUGAUGUUUAUAAAUUUUAUCCAUUUUUUA